UUUGCUCUGAAGGUGGUCCAGUGGUCGGAAUCGGAGACAGUACGGCUUCAGCUCUGGGACAUCGCAGGGCAGGAACGCUUCACAUCCAUGACCCGGCUGUACUACAGGGAGGCGUCCGCCUGCGUUAUCAUGUUUGAUGUCACCAACAUCAGCACGUUCAGCAACAGCCAGAAGUGGAAGCAGGAUUUGGACAGCAAGCUGAUGCUGCCAGAUGGGAACCCCGUGCCUUGCCUACUGCUGGCUAACAAAUGCGACCUUUCCCCAUGGGCAGUGACAAGAGAAGAAGUGGAUCGGUUCGGCAAAGAAAAUGGCUUUUCUGGUUGGGUGGAGACAUCUGUCAAGGAAAACAAGAAUAUCCAUGAGUCCAUGAGAGUCCUGAUUGAAAAGAUGAUGUCCUCAUCCACUGGUGAUGGAAGUUCCUCUGCUGCUGGGAGUGGGGAUUAUAUUAACAUAAAGGAGACAACCCCGCCAGGCUGGGCUUGCUGUUAG